CAAGAUAUUAACAUAACUUAGAUCAAGAACACGUGACUAGCGUCACUAGAACGUAUGUAUAUUUCCAUACCAAAAACUGACAACAAUCAUAAUUAGGGUAAGAGAAUAUAUAGCUCAUUUAGCAUCUGUCAGACUAUCUACUAGUCUAUGUACUAGUGUUAACAAUAGUACUGAGAUACAAGUAAACACAAUUGACAAGUCUCAAAUGAAAUGAAACGUAAACACUGGAUUUCAUUGCUAGUCAUAAAUAAAAUUAUCCAGAAAUAAAUCAAUAUAUGUUAUAAGUUCAUUUUAUUUUUUUCUUGAAUUUUAGUUUCACACGGAUGUCAGGUUAACUGAAGUGAAUCAAACAUUACUCGGUCGACCAUUAAUCAUUACACAUGAAACAAACAGUUUCCCGUUUGAUAAUUACGGUCGUUAUUUAUAUGAAUACAUGAAUCCUGGGUCAUUAUUAAAUGUAUUCUAUAGCAAGAGCAUAACUAAACGAUUAAAUACUCGUCGAAAUCCAUGUACUUCAAAGCCAAUUAAUUUAUUAGGUAACAGUUUCGAUUAUGAUCAAAUCACAUGUCAGUGGCAUACGGUUUGUGCACGAUACAACAAAGAAUGUAAUUGUACAUGCCCUUUGGAAUUACUUCGUCUUCGAUUGGAUCGUGAAAUCAAAAGUAGAGCUUCGAAUAAGUCAUUCUUUUUGAACACUGAUCAUAACCGUCAACAAUAUCGAUCUAAAAAUUAUUGUCCACCUAAUUGUCAACUUGACUAUCGUAUAGCCUUUGUGAAUAACUCUAUAUGUCCAUUGGCAUGUCGUACAGUAACUUAUAAAAAGUUAAAUGAA